ACGACUAAUGUAGAAAGAUCUUUAAAAUAAUCAGAAAUGCAACACAAACCAACUAGGUUGCGUGUCAAGUCGUAUUUGAUGUAAUUGCAAUUAAGAGAGACAAGUAAGGACUGUACAAUCACUACGUUCAAAACAACACAUUAUUGCGUGUAAGUAAAUACAAUAGGACAGUUCGCGAUAACGGCGCUACGUUUUAUGAGCAUCUGUUGUAACCUAUUUUGUUACAUAUGUGAACGUGGCACUUCGAAAAAGGUGAUUCCAAUGAAUCGUUGUCAAUUGUUCGCUGUCAUUGUCAACGAUUGCCCGACAAGCAAGCGUCGCGGCGCUUAGCAUCUUAACUUUACAGUUAGACAUCAUGCGUACGAUCUUGAAAAUCGGGUCGAUCUAAGAAAAAGUAUACAAAAGUAUUAGCGAUGUCAGCGAUAGCGAAUCCCGCAGUUGGCAGCAGUCCGGAGUACAUCAUCAAGUUCUUGGAAACUCUUCAAUCAGACCUCAAAGUACUCGCUUCUGAGACUAAAAAGAAGUAUCCUCAAAUCAAAGAAUCAUGUGAAGAAGGAAUUGCAAAAUUGAGGACAGCAUCCAAUAAUCCAGGCACACCAAUAUAUUACAUUGUAAAUCAAAUACUUUAUCCUUUGGUUCAAGGUUGUGAAAGUAAGGACAUAAAAAUUAUCAAGUUUUGCUUAGGUAUGAUGCAGAGGAUAAUAACACAGCAAGCAGUAGAUCAAAAAGGUGCCAGAUACAUUACAGACACCUUGUGGUUGCUGAUGGAAUCGGGUAUAGAAGAAGUUAAAGUUUUACAGACUGUAACUCUUUUACUUACAAGUAAUACUGUAGUACAUGGAGAUACUCUUGCAAGAAAUUUAGUACUAUGUUUCCGGCUACACUUUACAAAAGACUGUACAACAAUAAAUACUGCUGGUGCUACUGUAAGACAACUAGUAUCUUUGGUGUUUGAAAGAGUAAUUGCUGAGGAUGAACAGAAUCCUGAUCAACAAGACACUGAAGUUAAUUUAGAAGAAUUAAAAAUUCCAACAAAUCAAGCACCUAAAGGUCUUGGUCCUUGUACUGCAGAUGCAUAUUUGAUGUUUCAGGAUUUAGUUCAAUUAGUAAAUGCUGAUCAGCCAUACUGGCUAAUAGGCAUUACUGAAAUGACUAGAACUUUUGGUUUAGAGUUAUUGGAAUCAGUUUUAACAAACUUUUCAUCAGUCUUUUUCAAGCAUCCAGAAUUCAGUUUUUUAUUAAAAGAGAGAGUAUGUGCACUUGUUAUCAAAUUGUUUUCGCCUAACAUCAAAUAUCGCAAUUUAGUGCCAGCAUCUUUACAGCAAGCUACACCUUUGGAUAAACCUUCUUUUCCUAUUAGUAUGAGACUUUUACGAGUUGUGUCAGUUUUGAUACAAAAAUACCAUUCGUUGUUAAUAACAGAAUGUGAAAUAUUCUUGUCUUUAAUUGUGAAGUUUUUGGAUCCUGACAAACCUACCUGGCAGAGAGCUUUAGCACUGGAAGUUUUACAUAAAAUGACGGUACAGGCAGACUUGCUAACAAAUUUCUGUGAAUGCUAUGACUUGAAGCCUCAUGCUACAAAUAUUUUUCAAGAUAUUGUCAAUAGCUUAGGUGCUUAUGUACACAGUCUCUUUGUGAAUCCACAGAUGAUGAAUCAAACAGCAACAGCAAAUACAACUGUGCCUCAAAAUACGGGCUUACCAUUAUUUACAGGAAUGCCUAUUGGCCCAGGUGUAUCACCUCAACCAGGUUUUUACUCACGUGGUAUUUGGUUACCUGUGGUAGCAACAUUUACAAGUGGACAAGCUAAACCAACUUAUUUGGAAAUGUUAGAUAAGGUCGAACCGCCGCAAAUAUCAAUAGGUUAUGGAAUCAGUAUAGCUUAUGCAUGCCUGCUAGAUAUCAUAAGAUCGAUCGACUUAACUAUAAACGGAUCGAAAGAUGAUUGUAACGAAAAUCAGACGUAUCAAUCGAGCGAAUUUGAACGAAAGCUUCAUGUACAAAUAAUAACAUCCAGCUGGUGUGGUUUAUUGGCAGCUCUUAGUCCAUUAAUAGAUGCUAGUACAGAUGAGUCGGCGACGGAAAAUGUCCUGAAAUCAAUUCAAACAUUUGCAUCUUUAUGCGGUCAAUUGGAUCUGCAAGCGCCACGCGAUGCUUUUAUCACCGCAAUAUGUAAAGCUUCAUUACCGCCUCAUUAUGCUUUGACUGUACUGUAUAACGCACCUCAAGGCAUACCAACGGUAAGACAGCAAGAUUCUGCUCAGUAUAACUUGUCAAUAGGUGAGCCUGAUUAUAGACAACAAGUAGUUGCCGUUGGUACACCACUUCCUACAGCAUCCUUACCAAUUGGUGCUCAUCAAGGUCCCGUCAUGUUGACUGCAAAAAAUUUGCAAUGUAUGCGUGCGUUACUAUCGUUAGCUCAUUGUCAUGGUGAUAUACUUGGUAGCGCGUGGCACUUGGUACUUACUACUCUUCAACAUCUCGUUUGGAUACUCGGUUUAAAACCUUCUACCGGGGGAUCAUUGAAAGCUGGAAGAACAACAACUGAUCCUAACGCAGUUUUGACAAAUGCGGUUAUGGCGGAUUUGCCAGUUCUUAGCGCCAUGCUUAGUAGAUUAUUCGAGAGCAGUCAACAUCUCGAUGACGUUGCUUUGCAUCAUUUAAUAGACGCUCUGUGUAAACUGAGCCAUGAGGCUAUGGAACUGGCGUAUUCAAACCGCGAACCUUCUCUUUUCGCUGUUGCUAAACUUUUGGAAACUGGUUUGGUAAACUUACCACGCGUAGAAGUGCUUUGGAGACCGUUAACAAAUCACCUAUUAGAAGUUUGUCAACACCCACAUAUUCGCAUGAGAGAAUGGGGUGUAGAAGCGAUUACAUAUCUUGUGAAAAUGGCACUGCAACACAAAUAUCCCUAUCCACUUCGAGAUAAUCAGAAACUACAAACGUUACUGCUAGGACCAUUGUCCGAAUUAUCAUCUGUACGACACGGAGAUGUCAGACAGCGACAAUUGGAAUGCGUUUUGCAAGUGCUUCAUGGUGCUGGAGAAACAUUAUACCACGGCUGGCCUUUAGUUCUUGGUAUUAUAGGAGCAGUUUCCGAUCAUCACGGAGAAGCUUUAGUUCGUAUAGCUUUCCAGUGCUUACAAUUGGUUGUAACGGAUUUUUUACCUGUAAUGCCUUGGCGAUGUCUUCCACUGUGUGUCGACACAGCUGCUAAAUUCGGAUCGCAAACACAAGAAUUAAAUAUUUCACUUACAGCUGUCGGUCUAAUGUGGAACAUAAGCGAUUAUUUCUAUCAGAAUCAAGAAAAAUUAUGCGUUUGUUUGCGCGGAGAUUCUACGUCGGUAUUUCCUGAUUUUCCUGGUACAACAAAUAUGCCAUCGUUUGACAAACUCUGGAUGUGUUUGUAUGCAAGAUUAGGCGAUCUAUGUGUAGAUUCACGACCCGCAGUACGCAAAUCAGCAAGCCAGACUUUAUUCUCUACUAUAUCUGCGCACGGUAGUCUUUUACAUCAUCCUACGUGGCAAGCUGUGCUUUGGCAAGUAUUAUUCCCACUAUUAGACAAAGUAAGGAGCUUAUCAAAUUCGGCUAGCAGUGAAAAAGUCGACACAAGCGGGAACAUACUUAUUCAUCAUAGUAGAAAUACAGCGCAAAAACAGUGGGCGGAAACGCAAGUUCUAACACUGAGCGGCGUAGCUCGAGUAUUUAACACAAAACGUCAAUUAUUGCAAAUGUUAGGAGAUUUUCCUCGAGCUUGGUCAUUACUUCUUGAAUUCAUCGAAAAUUCUGCAUUAAGCAAAAAUAACGAAGUGUCAUUAGCAGCGCUGAAAUCGUUUCAGGAGAUUCUCUUUCAGCCAAAGAGUAAUGACAAUACCGAGAUAAUUCAAUCGAACGAUUCAGAGAACUUGUGGAUGGUGACGUGGCGUGUGUGGCUCAACAUUGGGAUGGAGAGCACUGCACCACCGCAAGAUAGUGACACCGAACCUUAUGUACCGUCACAAGCAUUCUUAACUGCGUUGAUGCAUAUAUUCCCAGGUGUUUUUCAGCAUAUUAGAAAUAAGUUUACUGGCCCAGAUUUACAGAAAUUAUGUACUGUGUUGAAAAACGCGGUAGCUGUUCCGGUUCAUGGUGAAUCAACACCGUACAUUCUACCGUCAAUGCCGGAUGUAGUUCUCACACAUCUACAAGAUGAAGUGCUGCAUUCAAUGGAAUUGUUACAGAAGGAAGCAUUAAAUGGUCCAGAAAACUUGCGCACAAUGAUCGUGCUAAUCUUCCUUCAGUUAUUAAGCUUCUCGAAGCUAGCGUGCGAGGCUCCCACGUAUGGUAAAAUAUCCACAAAACACAUUGCCCAAAUUAAAGGUAUAUCUGCCGAGUGGGUUACAAUGAAUUACGUCCCAUUCGGAGAAAAAGCACUCUCGAUGGUGGUGAGUCUAUAUCAAAAAACCGCGCACGAAAUGACUGUGAUCGAUGGUCAGGUGUUGAAGCAUAUCGUGGAAACGCUGCACGUACCGUUGUCUAUGAAGUACGCAUGUCCGUCUGCAACAACAUGGAAAUUGGCUGUAACUAGUUUGCUGGCUGUCCUGCAUAUUGGACUACCUCUCGCCAGAAAAUAUCCCGAACAAUUUCAGAGUAUGUGGCUUGAACUCGCAAGCACAUUGGAUGAUUUUCUGUUCCCCAAAAGUGUAUUAAAUGUAGAACGAGGAGUUGAAGAAAUCCAGGCUGAUGAGGCAGUUGAUUGCCAGGUUAUGGAGUUGUUGAGAAACGAAGUUUUACCACAUUCUCAGCACAUACCUCAUCAGUUUAUUCUAAGAGUAGUUAUGCUUCUAAAUAAAGGUUCUAUACAUUCGGCCACCACAGCAAAUAUUGAAGACGGGGCAGAAACAAAGUUACGGGAAGAGUUUGCAAAAACUUGCUUUGAAACUCUGCUACAGUUUUCUCUAUUAGACGGAUUAAAUGACGUGGAGAAUAGUCCUCAUAAGGAUCUAGAAAAUGACGAAGGUGGAAUUGCCGGAAGAUUGGCAGUUACAGCUCUUCUACAUAGAUUUCAAGAAGUUCUACGACGAUAUAUUGAAAGCGAAAGACGAAACGGGAAGUGUCCUUUGCCUAGGUACAGAUUGUCAGAGAUAUCAUUUGUCUUAAAAGCCGUUGCCACUCUUGUAAUAUCACUCAAAAAAGCGCCUCCGAAUAAAGUUGAUAGAUCCGUAUGGGAACAGCUAAUUGGAUUAUAUCCAUACUUAGUGGAGUGCACAAUUACAACCAACAAAGCUUCUCGCAAAGAUUUAGAUACUUGUGUGCAAGUAUCUAGAUCUUUGCGAGAAGCUUUAUUGCAAUAUCAUGAUUUAUUAAGGGUGCCCAACAUCAUUCAACAUCAAUCAACAUCCAAUGGUGUUAGCUUCCUAAAUGAAAAUAAAGAGUCGCCGUAAACAUCUACUGGUGUUAAGUUUUUAAAUAAGUCUUAGACUGCCGAAAUCUGGAACAAUGUAUGUAGAUACAGAGUGGAUAAUUAUGUAUGAUAUUUUGACACAACAAAUAUAUAUGCGCGAUUAAUAUUUUAA